CAUACGGCAGGAUUUUCCUGGACAUUUGCUCAAUUCCUGCCCGGAUGCUUCCAACAAGUGAAGCUCUUCCUAGCUUGAAGAUACUGUGAUGAAAGAAGCUCCAACUUCUGGAUAUUUGCCAGUCCUGGAUAUGUUACCCAAUAAAUGUUUAUGAGGCUUCUAGUGGAAUGUGAUAAUAGAGAAUAGUGGACAAAAUGGAGAACAGCCACUGGUGCGGGCAAUGGCAGUGGAAGACAAAGAGCUGGAGAAUAGGGAUUGGGAGGUUCAUGGGGAAAGGCAGUGGAUUGCUGUACUUCUGAGGCUUAUAAAAUUUGAAAAAAGUAUUUAUUGCCACUAAUACAGAUUGUCGCCAUCAGGACAGUGAAAUAGUUUAAUUAUCAGCAAUGGUUCAAUAUCCAUAUAUUGUUGUUUAUAUCCUACAUAUGUUCCAUUUCAGGAUCAAUGUGUGCUGUAUUUGUUUCCAACGGCAUUGUUACGGCAUAGCGUCUUCUAAAAUAAAUAUUUUACACCUCUGUUUUGGCACUGAGGGUCGCUUUUGCAGCCUAGCACGCUCCUGUGCCAAUGUGCCAUCAGCAGCUUGAUUUGCAAGACAUUUGCUUUUGCUAUAUGCAACCCAUUCCCGGGAGUUUUAUACUUAAGACUUAAGCCAGGAACCAUAAUGACUCAGGAACUUCAAGUGGGUAAUAACGUUAAAGGCGCAGAAGCAGACCAGGGCAGGUUUUCCCACUUAAACCCAGGAAAAUGCAGGCUUGGCAUUUUGCCCGCGUCGCUGCAGGCCCCGUUGCCACGGAGACAGCGUCACUGGCCGCCCCGGGGUCUCCUCCGCCACCUCCCCUCCCUCGCGCACUCAUUGGCUGCCAGCCGGGCCGCAGCACGACCGAUUGAACGGGGGCCUUGUCUGUCACGGCAACGCGAGGAGGAGUGGAGGCGGGACCUCUCGAGGGCAGGUAAAGCGGGGUAGUUUCCCCGGGGCUGCGAAGGAAAGAGGGAGGCAUUUCUAGAGCGGGGUGGCUGGGAGGAAGGCUGAGACCAAGCGGGGCGGCGGCGGCUCCGUUUUAGGGAAGGGAAGUUUAAAAAUGUGCGGGAAGAGGGUUGAAUUCAUCCUUAUGGAGCCGAAGGGAAUCGGGCUACGCUGGGUGUGUUUGUGUUGCGUUUGCGGGAAGUGAAGUUGCGAGGGCCAAGCGAGGUUUAGCUACAAGCCCAGCGGUGGCGGAGGAGGAUUUGCGUGUGAAGUGGUGUUGUUGUUUAGUCGUGUCCGACUCUUCGUGACCCCCUGGACCAGAGCACGCCAGGCCCUCCUGUCUUCCACUGCCUCCCGCAGUUUGGUCAAACUCAUGCUGGUAGGUUCAAGAACACUGUCCAACCAUCUCGUCCUCUGUCGUCCCCUUCUCCCUGUGCCCUCCAUCUUUCCCAACAUCAGGGUCCUUUCCAGGGAGUCUUUUCUUCUCAUGAGGUGGCCAAAGUACUGGAGCCUCAGCUUCACAAUCUGUCCUUCCAGUGAGCACUCAGGGCUAAUUUCCUUAAGAAUGGAUAGGUUUGAUCUUAUUGCAGUCCAUGGGACUCUCAAGAGUCUCCUCCAGCACCACAGUUCAAAAGCAUCAAUUCUUCAGCAAUCAGUCCAGCUCUCACUUCCAUACAUCACUACUGGGAAAACCAUAGCUUUAACUAUACGGACCUUUGUUGGCAAGGUGAUGUCUCUGCUUUUUAAUAUGCGUGUGAAGUAAGUUGGAGAUUAAGCUCGUGAUGACUAUUGCUGCCAAAGAGUUAAUGGAUGCAUCCCUAUAUGGAAAAGGCUAAGGGGAAACCUGUGCGCCCCAAAAUUGAAAUGAUGUUGGAUUCCCAUCGCCUCUGACCUUUGGUCUCGCUGGCUGAGGCUGAUGGGAGUUGGGGAUCCAACAAACAGCAGGAGAUCUGCAGGUGUCCCCCCCCCCAGCUGUGAACAUUGGAAUGGCAUCCUCCUGCACACUCCAGACUCCUUUAUUGUUCCUGUAAUUCCCCCCCUCCCCCAACUCUGGUGUGGCUUAUAGGGAUGGAGGAGACUGUAUUCUAUUCGCAUCACAAUCCCUAUACAUGUCUACUAAGGAGUAAGCUCUGUUUAAUGCAAGGGGGAUUACUCCCACGGAAGUGGUUAUAGGAUUGAAGACAGCCAAAGGUGCCCGUCUAGCCCAGUAUGGUUAAUCCUAGGUGGGCACCAGGUAGGCCACCAAAGGUUUAAGGCAGAAAUAUGCGAGCCCCCCUGCUGCCAGACUCUGGUUUUUAACUGAAGAGGCUAAAGUUUGAACAUGGGGCCUUCUGUGUGCUCCUACCACUGAGCAGCGUGGGAGCAGAGAUGGCAUAGAUUUAUUUAGCCUGGGGAAGUUGCACAAGGCCAGUGCAACAACAGAAUUAGAGCCACACCGCUCCCAGCAACUUUUCUUCCUGUAAAAAUAAAAUUUGAGGGAUCCAGUUACAGAUCUCAUAUCUGUUCUGUCCUCCCACACCUACAAAAUAGAUUUGCUGGAGAAUGGACGGAGCUACCUUCCCGGCACCUUUCAGGUGUGGAAUUGUACUCUGGAGAAAUAUCUAUCAAUCUAUGUGUGGUUUUUUAAUUGCAAUAGCUCAUUUCCUGUGGGUUGUUUUUUUUUUAAAUUACAUAUCCCAAAUAAAGAUUCUGCCAAGAGAGAGCUGAAUUCUGAAAGAUAGUCUUGAACAGGUUAAACCAUGCAAAAGUUAUUCAGUUAUUUAUUCAGCUGAAUAAAUAAUUUAGUUGUGUUUAUUAGGUUGUUAUAGGCAAACCUUGUUUGUACCUAAUAAAGCCAACAGCAGGCUGGCUUAUUUGAGCUGUUGACAUUCAUGCUGAGUUAAGUGAACUUGCUUCAAGUCCAAAUUAGUGCAGUCAUAUAGUGGGAGCAGGAAUGGGGCUUGUGGAAUAUAUGCAUGAACACUCAGUAGGAGCUUUGCAAAUGAGGGUUGACCUAUGAAUAUGCCCCUUCAUUGGCCAUUUGGGGCCUUUCAGGACUUUUUAAAGGCAAUACAGCACAAUCAUGUGUGCCCAGUGGGCUUCUUCUCCACAUUCAUCUUUGAACAGUUAUGGUCUCACUGCAGUAGUACCUGCUUCUUAGUUUAAAGAACCUUUUGUGAUGCAGAACAGAAAGUUGUGGUGUUUAAAUAAAAAUUAAGAGUCUUACCAGACAUGUGCAAAGUCUGUAAUCCUUGGCGAUUGUAAUCCAUCCUUGCCUUAGCUUAGCCCUUGAAGCUUGCAUUAUUUGAAACACAAAAGGUGAGAGUGUGGGAAUCGAUUUGUUUUUUGUUUAACUUCUAUUUAUACAUAAAUUUCUGAAGUACUAAAUCAAGAAAAAUCUUCUCAACCUGUUGUACAUAAAAUCAAAGGUUAACACACAAAAAGGCAGAGAUCAGAAGGACAUAAAACGUACCAGAUGCCAUGCUGGAAGCCAGAGUUCAGUUUGGACCAUGAUUGUGCCUAUUCAGUUAGCUAAGCUCCUUCCUUAUUUGCUGGAUUGAACCAAAUAAAGAGUUUGUUACAAAGUGAAAGGAUAAUCCCUUCUUUAGCAGAAGUCAUGAUGGGGAUUGGACCUGGCAUAUGGAGUUUGAUGCCUUCUUCCAGAUCAUGGAGUAUCCUGAGCCCUACUUGAGUGGCAUAAUGCUCCGCAGCAUCACAGGCCGGUCCCUCCUGCUAAUCUUGAUGCUUCCUGGCGCAGUUCCUUCUCCAUUUGAUGCAGAUUCCUUCCUACCUUUUCCCUGCUCCUCACCAAGUAGCCUUAAGGGAUGGGUCUGUACCCCCUGCUCUUGUAUGUCUUGUUGUGCCAGUAAUGCAUCAUCUGGAGUGAAUUGCUUAGAUUUGGGAGCACAUGGCUCAAUCCUGUGAAAUGUAGGGGGGGGCAAGCAGGUGAGGAAUAGAGGGGAGCCUUUUGAAAGUAGGCUUAGUGCUCAUUUUCGAACAUUUUUCAUUGCCCCAAGGUGUUAAGAGACAGAAAUAAAAUUCCAAAGGUCAUCCCUUGAGCAGGUCAGGCUAUUUUGCAGGGACAGAAGAAUGUAUGAGAUGCCUGUUUUAAUGUUUGAUGACAUUAGCAUUAUGCCCUGUAGGUAACAAUAUAGUGCCUUGAUUGUUCAAAGUGCUUCACAUACUUCUUGUAAUCCAUAACGUAAUCUUAAAGUAGGCCAGUAUUAUUAAUGGAGGCGUUGGGACUGGCCUAAUGCCAUUUUGUUGAUGCCGUGGCAAAGGCAAGAUUUCAUCCAAGGGACUUCCUGGUCCAUUAGCCUCUUAGCCUGCCACACUUUGGCAUCUUUGUCACUCCAAAUUAAACUGCAGCAGUGAUAUGUGAAGAGAACGGGUGUGGAGGACAAAGUAUGUAUGAGGAUUUGAGAAAGAAAGUGAGAUAGCAGCAGAGAGAGUAAGCGAGGCCUGGUGGGAUCCCCCUGAAUCCUGAUGGUCUUAAAUAGUGUGUGUAUGUGUGUCUUACUAUGUCUUCCUUGUGCUUUCUAUGCAGCCAUGACAGCAGCAGGAAGCGGCAAUGGUUUUGGCACCACAGCUUGGUGGGGCUUUUCUCCAGCACUUGACCUACAGGCCACAUGUAGGUACCACUUCUUCCACAAAUAUAACCCCUGCAACUUUGCUUGCCUGCUUUUUUGUUUUUUAAGCAACAUUUUUAUUUUUAGUUUGCCUGCUUUAUUGUGAAUCUUCUCGUUUAACAGGUUGCUUGAGGAGUUUGAAACUGCUUCAGCUGAUCAAAUGCACCCUGUUUUGUUGUAGGCUCAAUAUUGAGACACAGGUGCCUUCUGAGAGUAGAAGCAUCUCUCAGUCCAGUGAUACCUUCCCGGCUGCUUGGGGGCUUUCAACAGCACCUCUGUGCAGCUACUCAAAAGGCAUAUUAUUUCCUUGCUGGGAAGAUUUGGUUUAAACAGAAAACUUUCAGCCAGUGCUGAAAUAUAUCCAAGGUAUUCCUUCUGUGAUUCUGUUGUGAUUUGGUGCACGAUCUGAGCUCCUGAGAAUGGUAGCUUCUAUCUGAACCUUUUUAAAAGCUGAGUUUGUCAAUUUCUGGAUGUAAAGCUACAUUUGAAAACGUUCAGGCAGACAAAAAUACUCUAGCUGGACUUUCUGUGACUUUUCUAGGGUCUCUCCUCAUAGCUUGCAGCUUUGUUCUUCUGCUUCGGGUGCCUUCAGACAUGCAUAAUUCCAGUGAUGAGCCUGCUCUGAGAAGUGCAAUUGCCACAUUUCAGACACAUGUAUCAUCUUGUUCACUGGAUCAAGUUCAGGGAAGUGCCAUUUUUCUUUUUUGCAGCUGAAGCUGAGUUUGCACAGCUCUGGUUAGUUGGCCCUUGCACCAGUCAUGAACCCACAGAGCUUUGUUUCUUAUCAGCAGAGGUUUAGUCUAGGAAGUCCUUUAAAAAUGGAAAAACAAACAGCGUCCCUGAAGCAUUCAGAACCAUGUCACUUAUCAAAGGGGCAAUGAAGGCUGGGGGUGGGGGGGAGCAGAGCUUGCCUAACAACCAAAAAGCCCAUCAUUAUAUUCAUACCCUGAUUUCCCGACAGGAUUGGUUCCCACAGUCACUUUCAAUUAAAUUUUGCGCAUAUGAACAAUAUACUAGGAUAUGGUCCGACGUCUGAAAGCCCUUCGUAGAAUUGGGUAGAAAUAAACGUAUAUAUAAACUGACUCUGCAUUAGCUGAUUGUAAAGAUGUCAACCCACAGAAAUAGCUCUCCUAUUGAACUGCGGAGCUUUCUAGCUGUUUUCCUUCCCAUCAGCCAUCUCUAUGUUCCUUGCGGCAAAUUCCAAAGUUUGUAAAAACAAGACUUCAGUGCCGGGUUCUAGUGAACACUAAUAAAUUCUGUACUUUUAUUUUGCACUUUUUGAACAAAAUAUUUCUCGUAGGAAAAUAGGAUUUACCAUGGCUGUGCAACAUGUAGAGCCAUUUCACUUUCCCGACAGGUCUGGAGGCCUCUAUGGAACAUCUGCAGCUGUCCCAGGAUGGUAUUCCCGAACUGAACAUCCUGCUGGUAGGAUCAGUAGACGGCCGUCAUAUCCUCAAGACAAUGAGUCAGGCGCACCGGUGGCCACGGCGGAAAAUCAAUGUGUGUAACUUGCCUCCUGCCAUAGAUUUCCACGUUGUCUUGAGCUGCUGUUAACUGGACAGCCCUUCCCUGUGCUUAGCCAAGCUUUGCGUGUCUCUUGCCUAGAUAGAUCUUACUUAAAACCUUAAAAUUAAAUUCUCAUUAUCUAUGCUUGUUUAAUAACAGGACAGCAGAACGGGGCAGAUUCCAAAGCUGUGAGUCGGGUGGGAAAACAGGCUUGUCUGCAUUUCCUGCUUGAGCAGCAUCGCUACAAAUGCAGAAUCCGAUGUCUGUAUCUAUUUGCUACAUUUAUAUACAGUGGUACCUUGGUUUAAGAACAGCUUAGUUUAUGAACAACUUGGAUUAAGAACGCCUCAAACCUGGAAGUAGGUGUUUUGGUUUGUGAACUUUGCCCUGGAAGCAGAACAUGUUUCACUUCCUGUUGAGUGUCUUCCAUUUGUAAAUUGAGUCCCCCGCUGCUAUGGGAAAGCAUGCCUUGGUUUAAGAAUGCUUCGGUUUAAGAACAGACUUCCGGAACGGAUUAAGUUCGUAAACCAAGGUACCACUGUACCACCUAUCUGCCAAAUUUCUCAAGGUGAUUUAGAUUUUUAUAAUAAUAUAACUUCCAAACUAAGAGAUGCAAUACAAAAGGAUACAGCAGCAACCUUGCUGAAGCUAUGCAGGCCUAGGUUCUGGUUAGUGUCUGUGCAGGGAGACUAACAGGGAAGCCUGUGCGUAUUGUGCCUUGGUUUCUGUGAUGGAGGAAAGGCAACUUAUCAAGGGUAAUUAAUAAAUGUACCUUUUUUGGGGGGGGUAAAUGGAUUUCAAAACUGGCAGGACCACCAGGGUUGGAUUCAGCUUGGGGGAGGGGGCACCUCUCAUCCAUUGCUGCUGGCUCCGCCCACAGAAUAUUGCACUGCCAAACAGAGUGCUUCUAGGACUGAGUGCUGAGACACUGAGGUCCAGCUCCGAGGGCCUUCUGGCUCUUCCCUCCUUGUGAGAAGUCAGGUUACAGGGAACCAGGCAGAGGGCCUUCCCAUCAGAUGUCAAGGAAAUAAACAACUACCUGACUUUUAGAAGACAUCUGAAGGCAGCCCUGUUUAAGGAGGUUUUUCAUGUUUGAUGUUUUAUUGUGCUUUUAAUAUUCUGUUGGGAGCCGCCCAGAGUGGGCGGGCUAUUUGUUGCUGUUGUUGUUGUUACAUGCUUGAUGUUGACCCUGGAAGGGCAGAGUCAUCUCUCUUGGGAAGGACCUUGUCUCUCUUCCAGCAACUGCCUCCCUAAAGAGCCCAAUCUCAGACACUGCAAUGAAGCAAAGGGCCUGGGAAGAAGUUCCCAUCCUUUUUGCUUUCUUCGCUUUGCGGAAGGAGAGGUUUCUCUGUUGAGCAGGGUCGGAGGAGCUGGCACUCUUGGGUUCCCUUUCCAACGGUGACUCAGGCUGCCCAUGUGAUGAAGUGGUGCUGGCGCUCUGCCCCCUUUCCCAGAAACGUGUGGCGACUUUAAUUCAUUCCUGUCAAUGUGAGGAGCCUGGCAGGGACGCGUUGGCAGCUGCCCAUCAACGAGAGCCCCUCAGCUCAGCAUGGUCAGCUCAGAUGUCCCAUGAAGGCCAUGGACUGACACGUGUGAGGGAGGUGUGAAGUUCAGGAAGAGCGUGGGGGGGGGGGAGGAGAUGACAAUUCAUAGAAGCAGCAUCAAUUCAGCCCCUUCCCCUGUAGCAACUCCUACCAGACAGCAUUCACCAGCACGUUCCCCUUGCAACCUUCCUUCAUCACGAGGAGAUGAAUCAGUGGCAAUGUGUCUCACAGCCAGCAUUUUGGAGUGUCACUUCAUAACAAGAGGACUUUUUUGUCAUCAAGGAGAGAGGAAGGAAUGGGAGUAGGGCUGGGAAAGAAAGUGGAGGGGGGGGAAUCAAAUUUUCAGUUUGGGGCUCAGAAUUUCUAGGAGCUUUUCUGGCACUUUUGGGUUCCUUGGGAUAGCCAGGAGGUGCAGGCUAGGGAGAUGGAAGAACUCCUAGAAUCUUUGCAAGUUGAGCCAGUUCAUUUCAAGCUAGGAUGUGGGAAAUUCAGGAAGUUGAGCCUGCUGGGAUAGAGAAAAUCUACUGAGAAAAUAACGUACUGUACAGUGGUACCUCGGGUUACAUACACUUCAGGUUACAUAUGCUUCAGGUGACAGACUCCGCUAACCCAGAAAUAUUACCUCGGGUUAAGAACUUUGCUUCAGGAUAAGAACAGAAAUCGUGCUCCGGCGGUGCAGCGGCAGCAGGAGGCCCCAUUAGCUAAAGUGGUGCUUCAGGUUAAGUACGGACCUCCGGAACGAAUUAAGUACUUAACCCGAGGUACCACUGUAUUGAGUUAGAGCUGGAGAGUCGGAACCAGGACACCUGACUAUCCGUGUUAGACGAUUCCAGUAUGCUUCCAGGGACAGUGCUGCCGUUUUCUUGGGAUGAGAGCAUGCUGGAGAUCUAUAAUACCUUUGUGUAAUUUCCUUUAUUUACAGAUAUGCGGGCAGAACGAUCAGUGACCCGCAGGGGAGCAGAUCUGUUUCCCUGCAUCACAUCCUCUAAGAAUGAAGUUGCACUCCAAAGUUUCUUCAGUUAGCUCCCAGCUAUCUCUUGCUGCUCUGUUUGCUGCCAUUUUCUAUUUCUCACACAUACCUGCCCUUACCCUCCAACCCUGAUAGGUAUCUCAUGACAAACCACAGAGAGAUUCCCCACCUAUCAAGAGACCACCUUCUGAUUGUUGGCCCCCAUUGAUUUAAAUCUUAACCAGCCAUUCUAGACUAAUCAUCAAUCUGCCAAACAGAAGACUGGAGGACUGGCAGGAGUCACAUUGCAUGUAUACUGUAUAUACACUAAUGCCUAGGAAGGACAGGACAAUAAACUUCUUGUUUCUUGAGGGUGUUUUGGUUAGCUAGCCAGACAGAGCGUUAUUUUGAACUUGAAAGCGCCCUCGUUUUCAUUGUGACAUUUUGGGCGGCUCUAGUUGGCUCCAAUAAAUUGCCCUGCUGUUACUGUUGGGUUUGAUGUGGAUAGGCUUUCCUGACUCAGUAAGUUUUCACUCACAUUUGGAAUAUUAGACAAAGCCUUAAGGGUUGAAAGAAAAUGGAGGAAACGGUAGAACUUGAAUGAUGAAAAGCAUAUUCAAGACAGGGCACCUCCUUGUCUUCUGUGCAGCUCUGAUAGUUAGGAUUUCUUGCAGGAAGUGUCCUAGACUGUCCCACCCCUGCCAAAAUCGGGUAGCAGGGCACAUGCAUUGCAGGCAGAAGGUGGCAGGGACAGAAAAGAUGUAGUUUGACUUGAGACGCUGGAGAUUGGCUGCUAGGCAGAGAAUACUAGGCUAGAUGGUCCAAUAGUCCGACUCAUAAUUUAUGACAGCAUCUUAAGAUUCAUUUUCUUAAACAUCUAUGGAACUUCAGAUUGUUAAGGGUGAUGUGAAUUGUAGCUCCAUGAGGGGCCAACUGCAGUUCCCAGGAUUCUUUGGUGGGAUGUUAUGUGUUUUAGAUGUCUAGUAUGGCUGUGAUCUUGAGGAGAGCUGUUUAAACUAAAGCUUGCCCUCCUAAUUGUUUGUCUCCUUUGCUCAGUUCUACGUGCUGGAGAACAAUCUGGAAGCCCUGGGUCGGCAGCUGCUGUUUCUGAGUCUGGCUGUGGAGCCUCUAGAGAAGAUGGGGCUGCAAGGUGAAGGCAGAUGAAAUGCUCCCUCGCCAUCUCCAUUCCUUCCCUGGGUUCCCAGGGCUUCUGGCCCCUUGUUUACUGGGGUCUCCGGGAGGCUGAAGCCCUUCUGAAUGGUAACAAGCCCUGUCUUCUUUUUCCCUCCCACCAACCAAGAGAAAAGUGAGACCUUCUUGGAGCUGAUGGGGAACACACUGCUCCGAGGCCAAACAGCUGCUUAUCUGCAGGAGAAGGCAAACCUCUUCAUCCGCUAUGUCACAGACCCUGAUUUCCAGCAAGCUCAUCUGCCCCUCCUUGACUUGUCUGCCCUCAAGGUAAAAUGCAAGUUAAUUCAGCAGGAGCGAUGGAGCCAUGAUUGAUGUGCUGUCAUUGCCAUGAUGGGCUCGGCAGGACUCCAGUUAUGGUUAGCUGCUAUUCCAGAGGAUCCUGGAAUUACUGCUCCAGUUAUUCACUCCCUUUUCCUCUUUGCUUGACAGUUCAAGGAGAGGGACCAGUUGGAGGCCAUCUUCAAGUUCUGGCGGAAUCACGACCCGCAGACUUUCCAGAUCAAGCAGCUCUGGGAUCUGCGACUCCGGCAGUACCUGGGGGCCCGCUAUGACUCUCGCCGCGGGGUGUGCGACUGGGACCUCAAUAUGAAGCUGCAUGAACAUGGGGUGCGUAACUGAAACAAAGGCCGUCGUGUUGGGCAUGCAAAUCCCUCUGGCUCAGCUUGGGGCUGCUGGGCUACAGAGAUGGGCUCUGGGGAGUUACCGCCUUUCUACAGUUGUGGCAUUUCUUUCCCCUCCUAGGCCAAUGUGAUAAACUUCCGUGAGUUUUACCGGUGGCGGGACACAGGCAUGGCCUUUGAAAUGCGGGAAGCCCCCUACGACAUCCCCAACAAGACCUUGGCAUCUGGCCGCCUCCUCAGACAUGUGAGCCACCUCACUUUCUUGAGACUGGUUGUGCUAGGCCAGGAACUUGGAGGACUAUCCUGUCAUCCCUGACUAAAUUAGCUGAAGCUUAUGCGAGUUAAGAGUCCAGCACACUGGCUACACUUGGGCCUAUUUUUGUGGGGUGGCAGGAGAAUAUACCGUAAGCCUAUUCUUAGACAGGGUUACCACCCCUUCUGUGCCCCCCUUUCAUUACCAUUUUUAAUAAUUCCCCUCUUCCUUUAAGGAGCUCAAGUCGGUACAGGAUGAUUCCCCUUUCCCCUUUAGUUACAUCAACCCUGUGAGAUAGAUUAGACUGAGAGAGAAUGACUGUCUCAGAAUCACAGAGCAAGUUUGAUGGCUAGGUAGUGAUUUGAACCCAGGUACACCCCGUCCAACGCGCUAACCACUGCACUGCACUGCCUCCUGUUACCUCAACAGCAUGGGGGAGCCACACUGUAGCUUCUGUCAUCCUUUUGCAAUAGCAUGAGAAGCAGAGAGGAGUGUGUCUAAUCUGCAACUACCCAUUCAGGAUUUCUUGAAAUGAUUUGAUUAUUUUAAUCUGCUUUUGCAGGUAGGUCUUGGGAUGCAGGUUCUAGUUGCAGCAGGUGCAGUCCUACUAAGGGAGUAGGUCAGUUUUUAGACUGCUCUUUCCUUCUAGGACUAAUACAAAAUACAUGUUUUUAGUCCUUCUGGAUUCUGUGUCCUUUUUCCUCUCCCAUCCAGUUUGUGAGCACUGUCAUGCAGGAUGAAAAUGCACCCGUAAUUUUGGCAGUCCGCAGCCAUCCUCUGAUGAAGUGUUGAUUCUUGGGAUCCCAACAGUUUCCACCUCUUGUCUGUAGUUACCGGUUCUCACGCUGCUGAGAACAGAACUUCAUCUUAUGAGCGAAACACCAGUUCCAUGUUUGGGAAAGCUAACCAAGGGAGAAUUAGUGGAUAGGAAAAGGGGAGCUAGCCCUUCUGCCUGCCAGUUCUUCCCUUUAAAUCCUGCCCCCCCUUCCUAGAAAUCUUUGUAAUUGCUUUUCCCCAGCAGGACUCUUAAACUGGUGGGCUACCAGCUGUGGGCAAAAAUGACGUAUAUACUGAUCCAGACUUCUUGCCUCUCAGAAAGGAGAACGAGUACCAGCACGGGGAUAUUGGGGAGACGUAGCCACAGGCCCCUACAUCAUUUUUGGGAUUGAGGCAGAAGAUCCCAGCCUGCUGAAAACGACCAAUGGCAUCCCCAGUAAGGUGAGUCUGGCUGCCUUUUUGCCAGAAAAGCAGCUGUGGUUUUGCAAGGAGAAGAGGGUUGAUAAACAAGAAGACGAUAGCUUUCUGAAAGCUGGAGUGAAAAUGGAUUUCUCUGCUGCCUCCUUCAGCCUUCGCUCCUCGUUGGAUACCUUUACAGCCUUCCGAUUGAGCACUGCCCUUUUUGCCUCUUCCUCAUGCCUUAAGAGGGACAGCGUUUCCGUGCGCUGCUCUGGUUCGCCAGAAGCGGCUUAGUCAUGCUGGCCACAUGACCCGGAAGCUGUACACCGGCUCCCUCGGCCAAUAAAGUGAGAUGAGCGCCACAGCCCCAGAGUUGGCCACAACUGAACCUAAUGGUCAGGGGUCCCUUUACCUUUACAUGCCUUAAGAGGUUCAUCCACCCCUUUUUCGUAUACAAACACUGUAUAUGUUGUUCUGCUUAGAUGUUUGUUUAGUGCGCUGUUUAACAUGGAUUUUCCCUUUCUGCGAAAAAUCCAGCAAGUUGAAAAGCUUUGAAAACUGUUCCAAGAAAGUGGGGAAGUAGCUUUGUGACUGACAGAAAUGCUGGCCAAUUGGAACUGCUCAAAGCAUGUUUCUCCGGAACUUGCUCAUGGAGGGGAAGUUGUUUGUCUAUCCCAGGGGUAGUCAACCUUUUUAUACCUACCACCCACUAAUGCGUCUUUCUUGAUGGUAAAAUUUCCUUACCGCCAACCAGUGCUCGAUGGAAGGAGGAUUCAGCUUGUGCCGUAGAACCCCCACCACCCACCUAGAAUCCUGGAACGCCCACUAGUGGGCGGUAGGGACCAGGUUGACAACCCCAUGUCUAUAAAAAAAAAAUGCAGAGCAUGUAUGGCAUAAGGAGGAUGUAGAGAAGCUAAAAAUAAAAUGAGGUUCAAGGGACUUGAAUUCAAAGAGGGGAAAAGAGGGACUCAAAUAAAAACAGAUUCUGGUCUUCUUCUUUCUCUCCACAGAGUGCCCAGGAAAUCUCCUUGCACAAUGUCACUGCCCUGUUGUAUGAACUCAGCUAUAACACCCGCUAUGACCCAUCGGCAUCCUCUGAUGAGGAGGGAAUGAGUGGCAACUUACAGGGGGCUGGUGACCAUUCCAAGCUGGGUGCUAACGGUGGUGAGUAGUCAGCGGGUUGAUUGCAUAUCAUGCUAUAAACCUUGGUCAAGUCAGGCAUGCAUCAGCAGGAAAGGGCCACAGACUUGCACAGAUAGUUUGGAGCAGACAUUUAGAAAGCUCCCCACCCCAAAUCCUGGCUUGUCAUGUUGUCUGGAGCAAGAAUCAUGGCUUCUUAAACUGGCUUAUUAAACCAGAGCUCUAAAUCACAACCCCUUGCCUGGGUGCUUUGGCCAGCUGAGUUCUGGGGAAAGUGAAACUUUAAAAACUGCUGAAGUAAAAGAGGGGAGGGGGCAUGUGAGCCUGAGGCUUGUGCUGGUUUGUUCCUGCCCUGUGCAUGUCUCUCCAAAACAUGGUUUCAUCUGACAUACAAACUGGCCCAGGCAGUGCUCUCGGUUUAAGGGACUUUGAAGGGUCUUUUCCAUUACUCUCUUGGGCCAGAGGGUUCCGCAAUACGCCAGUGAGUGAUGGCUUGUUGGCUUGACUCGAUUUUGAUCUUCCCUCCUUCCCAAGAGUUCAGGGCUAGUUACAAAAUGUUUAUACGAUUCACUGACCCUUAAAAGCCUUGCAGUCUUGCAGCAUCAGAUUAAUAGGCCCAGGGGAGAAGAGCGGGUGAGCAAACAGAUUAAUAUAACAUAAAGUGUUGAGGGACAUCCUUUCCAGAUGUUCCAGUGGCAGGCCUCAUCUACGCCAGUUCUUUGGAGCAAGAGCAGUUUGAGCGGCCACUUGGGAGUAAGAGGGUCAACAUCAGUGGGAUUAGAACUUUCCCCUUCCAAUUCCUCAUGCAGCACUUUAAACCGUAGACAUACAGUAUGCAGUUUCACAACCCUUCUUGUUUUCUGAGGAGGCGGUUGAAUGUAUGUUUUGCAUAUAGAAACUCCCAGAUUCAGUCCCAGGCAUCUGUGGUGGAAAGGCUAUCAGAUAGCUGAGCUAAAAAGACUUCUCUGAGUCUUUGGAGAGCCACUGUCCAUCAGAAUAGGCAGUGCUGAGUUAGACGGACCAGUGGCCUGACCAUAUAAAGCAAGUUCAUAUGUGCUUGUGCCUACAUAUCUCUACAUCACUGAUUUUUUUAAAAUGGAAGAUGGUGUGGGUGUGUAGAUAUCCUAGAUAGAUAAAAAUAAUAAAUGCAUUUUGAGACUAUUACCCUCCAAUAUCCUGGACCGCUUGUCUCUAUUUCUAUACUCUGCUGAGUUGCAGAAAAAAAUUAUCUGUUUCUAGCCACAUUCCCUGUCCGCAAAAUAUAUAUCUGCUCCUUUCCCUGCCUUCUGUUGCAUUGGCCUUGUUGUUUCUCAGCCCGGCUUUUUCUCUCUUCGCUGUGCGGUGCGUUUCCUAUGCUGCAGGCCCUCCUUCCAUAGAAGAUGCCAGAGUCUGUUUCUUGCCUCUCAACUGCCUCCCUGAGCUCCACCACAAAGGCAAAUACCAACAGCUCUUCAAUCUCAUCUUCGUCUCUUGCAGGUAGGAAUGGGCUGAGGGCACGGGACUGCUGGUUUGGAGGCAUGGGGAAGAGAAUAUUGCAGAAGUCUGGACUCUUGGGUUUCCUGCCAAGAAGUAGGAAGCAGCUAAUAGGGUUGGGAGGCAGGACAUGGUUUAUCUAGUUGCAAGGAGGUUGGCCUAUCUAGACUUGGGACAUCAUCAAAGCUUAUAAUUCCCUCACUUUGAAUACAAGCCUGCCCAGCUCCUGAAAUGAACGGACCUAAGCUAGUCGUGACCUUUAAUUUCAGUGGAGGUACGUUGAGCAGAACUAGCAUUGGAUGCAAUCUAAUAUAGUGCUUGGCUGUUGUGUAGCAAAUGGAGUGCCAUUUCCCCCAAAGGUACUUCCCAGUUUAGAACACAAAACAAGAUUUUUGUGAGGGUCUGUGCAUCCCUGGUCAGCAUUUAGCAGGCCAGCCACCUAUGGCCCGCACCCUUUGUUGGUGCACGCACAAAAGGUAUCUAAUAUUAGCCCUUUGCCCUUGAUGGGACUCGCUCAUUUCUGUGAGUUAGUGACCAGACCACACAACCAGGUUUGGGGAGUUUCUCCUGCAUUGAGGCCAGCUCUCUUUAGGGUGCUACCAAUUGACCUCUUCUUUAUGGAGCAUUCAUGCUGAUUUGCUUGUGGCGAGGUUAGGUGACGUUGCAUCAACACAAGUGUUAUCCCACACUGAGAGUCAGCGUAGUGAAGUGGUUAAGAGUGUUGGACUCGUAAUCUGGUGACCCGGGUUCGCGUCUCCGCUCCUCCACAUGCAGCUGCUGGGUGACCUUGAGCUAAUCACACUUCUCUGAAGUCUCUCAGCCUCACUCACCUCACAGAGUGUUUGUUGUGGGGGAGGAACGGAAAGGAGAUUGUUAGCCGCUUUGAGACUCCUUAGGGUAGUGAUAAAGCGGGAUAUUAAAUCCAAACUCCUCCCCUCCUCCUUCUCCUCCUCCUCCUCCUCCUUCUCUCCAGUGCAUUUUCCUGUCACUUUCUUUAUCACAAAAAUUCUUGUAUUUUGGGGAAGUGGGCUUAUUCCUCAAGAGCUCUCCUACAUUUUGUCGAAUGACUUACAUGCCAUUAAAACUCACCAUUGCUUAGUUAAUUCCAAAUUGUUCAGAGGGCAGUUUGCCAUCACUAGAGUGGUCAGCAAAGAUGGUGGGUCCUCCGCCUCUUAUCUCUACAGUCACCACUUCCUCCUUGCUUGUCUUUUGUAGCAUGGUGCAUGUCCUAAAACCAAAUGUGAAUCUGAUUGCAGCCCCGAAAGCCACUCUUAUUGUUGAGCUGACAAAGUGAGUAUUAUUUUCUGCACCCUCUCUUGGGAAGCUGGCCCACUAUGGAUGUGUGCACAUUUGUUCAUUAGAGCACGUUGGAAGUCAUAGUUUUUCCUGGUACUAUAUCUUCCCCUAGCUGUUCACAUCAGCACAGCCUCACUAGUGUCAGAUUCAUUUCAGUUUGUGUGCACAUCAGGGGGUGUUAAUAGGGGCUGAUAGCCAAUUGGGAGAUUUGGGAGUACUAAAACAAAUUACCGAGAGCGAUCCAGUGGGGUGAAUUGGUUCCUUCUGAAUGGAGCAGGCUGGGUACAGACAAGAGCCAGAACCACCUUGGGAGGGCUGUGGGGCCUAAUUAAACAGAGCAGCUCAUUAGCCAGGGUGUUUAAUGGGAUCCAGGACUCCUGGGUUCCCCACACCCCUUACUCAUCUGUCCACUUCUUCUUUUCACAGCUUCCUGCCUGACCUCCACAAGGAGCAGGUCUCUGUGUUCUCCUCUCAAGUAGCCAAACAAGUGGCUGAGGCAGGAUUUGUUCCAGUCCAAGCAGCAGACAAGAGACCCUUCUCCUUGUUCCAGCUUGGGCAUCAGGAGGCUGGAGAGAUCUGUAAUGAGUUCCCUGCGCUCGAGAUGACAGCGCCUGGUCCCUGAGGUUCCCCCUCUGUACCCUGGUUUCCUUUAUAACCAUUAUUUUUAAAAGAAAAAUAUUUAGUUUCAGACGAGAGUUUCUUGUGGAAUUGUUACAGCUCAGUCACACAAACUUUUCUUUUCUUUUCUUUUCUUUUUUACAUUUAACCUUGCUGUGGAAAAUCCGAGAAGUACAAACGACGCAUUAUGCAUGCACAGUCACUGCUGAUAUAGAAUCUCAUCAGUGUUUGGGGUUUUUUUCUGGGCCAGUUGUCAUGUGUGUAGUGGCAUUUCAGUGGUUGCUCUCGGGGACCUCUGCUUUCGUUUGCUCCUUAGCUGAGCUGUUUUCUUUCCAGCGACUCCCCAAUACCAGAAAAGUUCAUUUCUGCCCAUUGCUGUGUCUUGGUGGGACUUUUGAUAUAAAAAUUAAAAAAAAUAUUUUAAAGGGU